UUCGUAGUUACAACACUGACGAUUUUCAUGCGAUCUGGUGUUUCGUUUGAUUCCUAGUAUAUUAGUUUUCCUUGUGUGCCAUGAUUUUGUGUACUUCUUGUGCAAUCAUUUCUGUCAGUGACACAGCAAAAAAGCCCUAUGAGACGAUGCACUUUACUCUGUCAUAACCUUAAUGUGAUUAUUGGUUUGUUUCAACUACAAUUCUUGCAGAUUUAUCGCAUGUGUUCGCAUCUGUUAGCAGGGACAUCAAUUUCAUCGAUCACACCAGUGACCUUGGAUGGAAAGAGUAGGCUGCCCCAUCCACAUUUUGAUAAUAUAUUUGUUUGUAUAAGUCCAGGUAAAAUCUAAAUACAUUUGGUUAACAAUUCUGAUGUAGAUCUCAAAGGUUCCAGCCCAUUGUAGUUGAUCCAGGGAUUUAUCUUGCACGAAGAACCCAGAUCUUUUAUGCUACAGAGAAGCGGACAUUACCAGAUGCUUUUAAAAUAUUCACUGGCAAGUUUAUACUCUUGAAGCGACUUAACCAUACAUGUGUAGUAGUUUGCAUCUUUGCUUAAAACUAGUUCAUUUACUAGAGAGUUACGAUUUUCAAAAUUGCAGGUUCCCCAUGGGUCAUCUUGAGUCGAUCAUUCAUGGAGUACUGCAUUCUCGGUUGGGACAGCCUUCCACGUGUCCUCCUCAUGUAUUUCAACAACGUGGUUUUAUCUGAAGAGAGCUACUUCCAAACGGUCGUAUGCAAUGCACCAGAAUUCAAGAACACCACUGUAAAUAACAACCUGCGAUUCAUGGUGUGGGACAAUCCUCCCAAGAUGGAACCCCAUUUUCUCAACAACUCGGAUUACGAUCUUUUAUCCCAGAGCGGAGCAGCUUUCGCGCGGCAGUUUCGGAACGAUGAUUCUGUCCUUGGCAUGAUCGACGAGAAGAUCCUCAGACGUGGUCGUAAUCGAGUUGUACCAGGUGCGUGGUGCUCAGGUCGAUCGAGCUGGUGGUCCGACCCUUGCUCCGAGUGGGGGGAUGUGAAUCUCGUGAAGCCGGGACCUCAGGCUAAAAAAUUUGAAGACACCAUCUCAAAUCUUCGUGAUGAAUGGAGUUCACAGAUGAAUCAGUGCAAAGAUAGUGCAUCAUAAGUAAUCCAUCGAUCAGUUUGCCUGUUGGUUUGCUUGGUGCAAGUAUUUUUGCAUCUGAAUUUUGUCGAAAAGGAAUCCCUUACAGUUCAUUAUUUCCUGGCGAUCUCUGCUCAUGGAAGUGUUAAUCAAGAAUUACUAGGCAAGAGUGGCAGAGUUGAUUAGGGUUGGGAGGAAAGCAAGGGAAUUUCACAGGGUACAACUUUUGGGUAGCCAGUGUUUGGGAUGAUGCAGCCUGCAAUAACAGUGAAAUUCCAUA